CCACCCCCCAGCUCCUACAUUUCAGCAGGUGCCGGGAGCCCGAGCUCCCGCCGCCGCCGCCCUUGCCUCCGGCUCCUCGGUGCCCCAGCCUUCUGCUCUGCCCCCACCCGCCCGCUAUCCCUUCGGUGGAGCCGGCUUCGGGGUGCCGCUCCCGGCCCCGCUCUGCGCACCUUUAGGUGCCUCGCCCCUGUCCUUCCCACCCCGGAGUCUGCCGAGUCGACCCUCUCCCGUCCACCUGUUUCCUCCGGAAAAAGGCAGGAUCGUGGUGGUCCCUGCUGCGUUCCUGGGGCCAUGGCGGGACUGGGCCCCGGCGGAGGCGACUCAGAGGGGGGACCCCGACCCCUGUUUUGCAGAAAGGGGGCGCUGAGGCAGAAGGUGGUUCACGAGGUCAAGAGCCACAAGUUCACCGCUCGCUUCUUCAAGCAACCAACCUUCUGCAGUCACUGUACCGACUUUAUCUGGGGUAUUGGAAAACAGGGCCUGCAAUGUCAAGUCUGCAGCUUUGUCGUUCAUCGCCGAUGCCACGAAUUCGUGACCUUCGAGUGUCCAGGCGCUGGAAAGGGCCCCCAGACGGACGACCCCCGAAACAAGCACAAGUUCCGCCUGCACAGCUACAGCAGCCCCACCUUCUGUGACCACUGUGGCUCCCUCCUCUACGGGCUGGUGCACCAGGGCAUGAAAUGUUCCUGCUGCGAGAUGAACGUGCACAGACGCUGUGUGCGCAGCGUGCCCUCCCUGUGUGGUGUGGACCACACGGAGCGCCGUGGGCGUCUGCAGCUGGAAAUCCGGGCUCCCACGGCUGAUGAGAUCCACAUCACGGUUGGUGAGGCCCGGAACCUCAUUCCCAUGGACCCCAAUGGUCUGUCUGAUCCCUACGUGAAGCUGAAGCUCAUUCCAGACCCUCGGAACUUGACAAAGCAGAAGACACGGACGGUGAAAGCCACACUGAACCCCGUGUGGAACGAGACCUUCGUGUUCAACCUGAAGCCAGGGGAUGUGGAGCGACGGCUCAGUGUGGAGGUGUGGGACUGGGAUAGGACUUCGCGAAAUGACUUCAUGGGAGCCAUGUCCUUUGGUGUCUCAGAGCUGCUCAAGGCCCCUGUGGAUGGCUGGUACAAGUUACUGAACCAGGAGGAGGGCGAAUAUUACAAUGUACCGGUGGCCGAUGCUGACAACUGCAGCCUCCUCCAGAAGUUUGAGGCCUGUAAUUACCCCUUGGAACUGUAUGAGAGAGUGCGGAUGGGCCCCUCUUCCUCCCCCAUCCCCUCCCCAUCCCCCAGUCCCACCGACUCCAAGCGCUGUUUCUUUGGUGCCAGCCCUGGACGCCUGCACAUCUCUGACUUCAGCUUCCUCAUGGUUCUAGGGAAAGGCAGUUUCGGGAAGGUGAUGCUGGCUGAACGCAGAGGCUCUGAUGAACUCUACGCCAUCAAGAUCCUGAAAAAAGAUGUCAUUGUCCAGGAUGAUGAUGUGGACUGCACCCUAGUGGAGAAGCGGGUGCUGGCACUAGGAGGCCGAGGUCCUGGAGGCCGGCCCCACUUCCUCACACAGCUCCAUUCCACCUUCCAGACACCGGACCGCUUGUAUUUCGUGAUGGAGUAUGUCACCGGGGGCGAUUUAAUGUACCACAUUCAGCAGCUGGGCAAGUUUAAGGAACCACAUGCAGCGUUCUAUGCAGCAGAAAUCGCCAUUGGCCUCUUCUUCCUUCACAAUCAGGGCAUCAUCUACAGGGACCUCAAGUUGGAUAAUGUGAUGCUGGAUGCUGAAGGGCACAUCAAGAUCACAGACUUUGGCAUGUGUAAAGAGAAUGUCUUCCCGGGGUCCACAACCCGCACAUUCUGUGGAACCCCAGACUACAUAGCACCUGAGAUCAUUGCCUAUCAGCCCUAUGGAAAGUCAGUUGACUGGUGGUCUUUUGGGGUCCUGCUGUAUGAGAUGUUGGCAGGACAGCCGCCCUUUGAUGGGGAGGAUGAAGAGGAGCUUUUCCAGGCCAUCAUGGAGCAAACUGUCACCUACCCCAAGUCACUUUCCCGGGAAGCCGUGGCCAUCUGCAAGGGGUUCCUGACCAAGCAUCCAGGAAAGCGCUUGGGCUCAGGGCCGGAUGGCGAGCCCACCAUCCGUGCACAUGGCUUUUUCCGCUGGAUCGACUGGGAGAGGCUGGAGCGAUUGGAGAUUGCCCCUCCAUUCAGACCACGCCCGUGUGGCCGCAGUGGCGAAAACUUCGAUAAGUUUUUCACACGGGCAGCUCCAGCUCUGACCCCUCCAGACCGCCUGGUUCUGGCCAGCAUCGACCAGGCGGACUUCCAGGGCUUCACUUACGUGAAUCCUGACUUUGUGCACCCAGAUGCCCGCAGCCCCACCAGCCCAGUGCCCGUGCCAGUCAUGUAAUACCACCAUACCACCUGUCGCCGCUAGGUGUCACCGAUGCCCCCUCCGCCGAGCCGGCUGCAGCCCCCCCCUCCCCCCGCGUCCUUCACUCCAUCCAGCACUCUGGCCUCUUCCCCGCCACUCACGGGUUCUAGAUGCCGUUCCCAAGCAUUGCUGGCAUUCUAAACGCCAUACAGUCUCUAGCGCCUUCCUGUGUUCUAGAUUCUGCUGUGCCGAGCCCUGUGUUGUCCCCCCUCCACCCCCCAACAUCUGGAUGCUGCUCCAACAGGUCCCGGAACCCCAUUCCGUGGGGUUCUAGAUUGCAUCUUGAUAGUUUGAUGCCUUCUCUCCCCCACACCACCCUUGGGGAAAUAGUCUCACGGGAUUGCCUAAUCCAGACUCGGAUUCCAGAUCCUCCCCAAUCCUCCGAGGCCCCUCCCACCUCCACUUCAGUUGUAGAGUAAGUGGGAGGCUAGGCCUGGUUGUUCCAGGCCACCUCCCUUCCACUCUCUGGGGAUUCCUGGCAUGCACGGAGGAUUCUUUUCCUGACUCUUGUUAAUCGGCUUUUGUUCUAGACUUUCCCAUCCCGAACCAGCCCCGUGCAUGGCUCCAAGCCUUGGUCAGAAUCACCCCACUUCUCUGCAGUGCCUGCCACUCCACUCUCUGGGACUCCCCCCAUCCGCCCCCCUUUUUCCUUUAGCCUUUUCCACCCAGCCACAGCUGCUGGAGAAUAAAUUUGAGAUGCUGAUGCUGAAA